AGGAAGCGGAGGCUCCGGACAGAGGUGAUCCGCAGAGGAGGCGGCUAGGCGGGCAGACGCGAUCCCGGGAGGAGGCGGCGAUCCCGGGCGGCCCCACCAUGAAGCUCAUCAUCCUGGAGAAUUACUCUCAGGCCAGCGAGUGGGCGGCCAAGUACAUCCGCAACCGCAUCGUGCAGUUCGGGCCCGGGCCCGGGCGCUUCUUCACGCUGGGGCUGCCCACAGGCAGCACCCCCCUGGGCUGCUACAGCAAACUGGUGGAGUAUUACCGCAACGGGGACCUCUCCUUCAAGUACGUGAAGACCUUCAACAUGGACGAGUACGUGGGUCUUCCAAGGGAUCACCCAGAAAGUUACCAUUCCUUCAUGUGGAAUAACUUCUUCAAGCACAUUGACAUCUCACCAGAAAACGUCCACAUCUUGGAUGGAAAUGCCCCUGAUCUCCAGGCAGAGUGUGAUGCAUUUGAGGAGAAAAUCAAAGCAGCUGGAGGCAUCGAGCUCUUUGUUGGAGGUAUCGGCCCCGACGGUCACAUCGCCUUCAACGAGCCGGGAUCCAGCCUGGUGUCCAGGACACGAGUGAAGACCCUGGCCAUGGACACCAUACUGGCCAAUGCCAGGUUCUUUGAUGGUGACCUCUCCAAAGUGCCCACCAUGGCUCUGACAGUUGGAGUAGGCACUGUCAUGGAUGCCAGAGAGGUGAUGAUCCUGAUCACGGGAGCCCACAAGGCCUUUGCUUUGUACAAAGCCAUCGAGGACGGUGUCAACCACAUGUGGACGGUGUCAGCCUUCCAGCAGCACCCCAACACCGUGUUCGUGUGUGACGAGGACGCCACGCUGGAGCUCAGAGUCAAAACAGUGAAGUAUUUCAAAGGCUUAAUGCUGGUUCACAACAAGCUUGUGGAGCCCUUGUACAGCAUGAAGGAGAUGGGAGCAGAGAGGAGCCAGUCCAAGAAGCCAUACAGUGAUUAAUGUGCUGGGGCAGUGCUGAGCCAGCUGCUGAAAACAGCUGGAAGAAAAGGGAAUUGCUGCAGAAACUGAUCUCAUAUUUGUUUUUAAAUUAGCAGAAUGAUUGUAUGGUUCCUUCUCUCCAUUAAAGAGACAGAUGCCAAACACCUGCCUUAAUAACCCAAAGGAGGAUGGGAUCCAGUGUUCUGUUUUCCACAAAUUUCUGCCACCAGC